UUUCAUUAUCAUUAUCUUCUUCUUUGCUGAGCUGCUCAUACGGGGCUCACUACCAUUAUCAACAAACCAAGUGGAGGAGGGAUUUGGAUUUUGGGUGAUCGAAUUGCAUCCUCCGAUCCGCCUUUCUCUCUCUCUCUCUCUCUCUCUCUCUCUCUCCUGCCAUUUUGGGUAGCUUAUCGAUCAUCUAUCUCCGCCGUGCCGUGCGGGGCGUCUGACAAAAUGGUUGAAAUCCCGUAUUUUGCGGCUUUGACCACCUUCUUCAGCUACGUACUCCUCUUCGCAUUCGGCCAUUUUCGCGACUUCUUCAGGAAAAUCUUUGAUUGGUGGCAUCCCACCACCGAUCUUCAGGGAUAUGCACCGAUCUGCCUAGGGCUUGAGGAUUUCUAUAUUCGCCGAUUGUAUCAUCGGAUUCAGGACUGUUUUGGACGACCAAUUUGUAGUCCUCCGGAUGCUUGGUUUGAUGUGGUGGAGCGUGUGUCCAAUGACAAUAAUAAAACUCUAAAGCGUACGACGAAAGUUAGAAGGUGCCUUAACAUGGGAUCAUAUAAUUAUCUUGGUUUUGGUGCAUCUGAUGAAUAUUGCACCCCUCGCGUAAUUGACUCACUCAAAAGAUUUUCGCAAAGUACUUGUAGUAGCCGUGUUGACGGAGGAACGGUGUCGUUACACACUGAAUUGGAGGAAUGUGUUGCUAAUUUUGUUGGUAAACCUGCUGCUAUUGUUUUCGGCAUGGGCUAUGCUACAAAUUCCACUGUUCUUCCUGCCUUGAUUGGAAAGGGAGGAUUGAUAAUUAGUGAUUCUCUAAACCACAACUCUCUCAUUAAUGGAGCCCGAGGGUCUGGAGCUACUAUUCGUGUAUUCCAAUAUAACACACCCUCCCAUUUGGAGAAAGUUUUGAGAGAACAAAUUAGUGAAGGGCAACCGAAGACGCACAGGCCGUGGAAGAAGAUCAUUGUUGUAGUGGAGGGCAUGUACAGCAUGGAAGGCGAACUUUGCAAGCUUCCAGAGAUUGUUGCCAUAUGCAAGAAAUACAAGGCAUAUGUUUAUUUGGAUGAGGCUCAUAGCAUUGGAGCAAUAGGCAAAACUGGGAAGGGUGUGUGUGAGCUCUUAGGAGUUGACACUGCAGAUGUGGAUAUCAUGAUGGGGACUUUCACCAAAUCCUUUGGAUCAUGUGGGGGUUAUAUAGCAGGAUCCAAGGAAUUGAUUCAAUAUCUCAAGUACACAUGCCCUGCUCAUUUCUAUGCAACAUCAAUAUCGCCUCCUGCUGCCCAACAAAUAAUUUCUGCCAUAAAAGUUAUCAGUGGAGAAGAUGGGUCUUCCAGAGGAUCUGAAAAGCUAGCACGUAUACGUGACAACAGCAACUUUUUCCGCUCAGAACUGCAGAAAAUGGGGUUCGACGUCCUAGGAGACCAGGACUCCCCUGUCAUACCCAUCAUGCUCUACAAUCCUGCCAAAAUACCUGCCGUUUCAAGAGAAUGUCUCAAACAGAAUAUAGCUGUGGUGAUGGUUGGUUUUCCUGGUGUUCCUCUGCUGUUGGCCAGAGUUCGCAUAUGCAUUUCAGCUGCUCACACAAGGGAAGAUCUUCUCAAAGCAUUAGAGGUUAUCAGCACAAUUGGUGAUCUGGUAGGCAUAAAAUACUACCCUGCUACUGUUACUGCUAAGCCCAAGAAACAUCAGAUAGAAGAAAACAGACUAAAGCUUGAGUGAAUACUCCUCAAACACCACCUUUUCUUUAGCAAGACUAUCAGUUGCUGUUGAAAUGUCACUGCCUUACAUGGAGUUAGUCAUAUUUGAUUUUAAGAUUUGUCAAAUUUUGUUUGUGUACAGCAAAAUCGAUAUUUGUCAAAUCGUCAA